AUGGUUCCGGAUAUCCGAGUGGUUAGUCUUCACGAACAUCUAUUCACUCCUUUAGUAAUCCUGACAAACAUUUCAGAUCCAAAGACUAAGAGUUUUUUGUCCAAGAAUUUGGAUCCAACCUUUGGAUACACAACAUUUGUACGGUUCAGUUGGUCCACAAUUAAGAACAUAUUGGAUGACAAAGCCAUCGAUUGUCAAUGGGAAGAAUCGGAAGACGAGGAACCGGUAGUCGAGAGUAAACCCACGAAAAAGAUCUCAAAUUAUUUCAGAGCCGUUAACAGAGAAGAAAAGCCUCAGAAAACACGAUUGAAUGCAUUCUUGAAAGAAAGAAAUCUCGAGCCAAUAACCAGUCCUCAGGAUUUGUAACAACGGAAGCAAAUGUUGGAAUACUUUAGUGAAUCAAUUGGUGACCCAUUGGAACAGAAUUAUUAUAUUUUUUAUUUUAUAAAAAUUGCAAUUUUAUUACUUUACACUUUGAGCCCUUAUAAACCAUCGCAUAUUUUCUCGACC